GUACCCUGGGUGACUUUUACCACAGGACGAAAACGAAGGCAUGGGUGGUGGAAUUACGCCCAGAUAGUCUAUAUUUGAUCGCUUUUAUAUUUAUUUUCGUGUAUGAAUCUGACAACAAUGGCGGCGUGGAGUUGUCGCAUUCUUCUUCAGCGAGGAACUCGACUCAUUUCUGUCCGAACGGCAGCUGAAAGUCCCUCCCCACUGGUAGGAUGUAUCAGAACAGUUAAAACCACAACUUGGUUUGAGGAGCACCUCACAGAGGACAACCAGGAGUACAUGAGGAAGAGCACGGCAGAGGAAUACAGAAGACAGAUGGCUGAAAAGCUCAACCCACUCAAAGAUGAGCCUUGGCCACGGCAUGAGUGGACAGAAGGGACUCGGAGAGUGGGAUUAGUGGCUGUGAAGUUGGGGAUGGCUCCCAUUUGGACUAAAACAGGGGAAAGACAUGUAGUCACCAUGUUACAGGUGCCAGACUGCCAUGUGGUAAAGCACCUGUCCAAAGAAGCAUAUGAUGGACGCACAGCUGUACUGUUGGUUGGAGGGAAAAAUGUAUCACCAUUCCAUAGGUCUGAAGAGGAAAUGGACAUGUUCAGGGCUGCAGGAGUUCCACCAAAACAGAAAGUCACCACCUUUAAAGUCUCAGACGACGCCAUCGUCAAGCCAGGCACUCCUCUGUAUGCAGCACAUUUCCGUCCAGGCCAAUAUGUGGAUGUCACUGCCAAAUCCAUUGGUAAGGGUUUUCAAGGUGUAAUGAAGCGAUGGGGGUUCAAAGGUCAGCCAGCCUCCCAUGGCCAAACUAAAACUCAUCGCAGACCAGGAGCUUCGGGACCUGGAGGGGAUCCAGCCAAAGUUUUCAAAGGAAAAAAGAUGCCCGGCAGGAUGGGAAACGUCUUCGUGACAGCCUAUGGACUGAAGAUAUGGAGGGUCAAUACCAAGUAUAAUGUGCUGUAUGUUAACGGCUCUGUCCCCGGCCACAGGAAUUGCUUACUAAAGGUACGGGAUACGGUCCUGCCAAACAGAUCCUCCACCCUGCUCAACCCUCCCUUCCCCACUUACUUCACAGAAGACGAGGAGAACCUGGAAGAAGACCUAUACGAUGACGACCUGUUUGUUCACACAGAGCCGUCUUUAACACUGACCUGACCACACACACACACACACACACACACAUCGCAACACUUUUCCACCUGAACACACAAACUGUCUGAAUCAUGUAAUUAAAGAGUAAAAUAAUUCCUUGACAUGUUA